CCGACCGCCUAGACUCGCCAUAGUACUUUGCAAGGACUAGCAAAACACACCGUCGCUUAGCUCAGUCGUUGGGAAAGUGGACUGGCUUGAUAUCCGGCGGCAAGUGUGUAAACCAAGGGAAGACUUGCAGAUUGGUUCUUGCUUCGGUCGAGAUGGCUUCUGGAGCUGAGAAACCCGAGGUCGGAGACAGCGAGCAAGACGAAGAGGAAGAUGUGUACGAAGUGGAGAGAAUUAUUGACAUGCGAGUGGAGGAGGGCGAGGUGCUGUACCGCGUGCGCUGGAAGAAUUAUACAGCGGACGAAGACACCUGGGAGCCCGAGGCCCACCUGGAGGACUGCCGAGAGGUGCUGACGGCCUACAAGAAGGUCCUGGCCGAGAACAAGCCCAAGAAGGACCCGAGCGUGGUGAGUGACCAGGACAGGGCGCCACUGACGGACUCGCGGCCUGUAGCUGUAACGACCCCUUGCAGCGAUGAUAGUUCAAGGCCCACCUCUGCUCCAACCCCCCAAGGCCAGCUGCCUACGAAGAGUGACCUCUUCGACGCCGACUCGGACAGCAGCGAUGGCAACGUACCCGUCAGCGCGCCCAUCAAAAAGAAGAAAAAGAAGAAGAAGGACGAGGUGGAGGAGGAAGACCUUCUCGUGAACGAGAAGAAAAAAAAGAAGAAGAAAAAAUGGAAGGAGGAGAAACCUCUCCCGGCGCCGGAGACUGACGAGGGGGACGACGAGGAGGCCAGAGACUCGCCCCACGCGGCGAGUCCGCCAUCACAGCCUCGCAAGGACCACAAAGCCCCCGAGAGCAAGCGAAGGCUGCAGGAGUCGGACGAUUCGGACACCCCGGUCAUCACCAAGAAGCACAAGAAGGACGGCAAGGCCAAAGAUGGUGGCGGCAGCGGAGGAAAGAUGGUGAAGAAGGAGAGCGUGGAGGACGCGGGGAGGAAGAAGAAGAAAAAGAAGGCCAGGAAGAGCCUGGAGUCAUCAGAGGACGAGGGCACCAACAGCGAGGUCACCACAGAGACGCAGUCGCUCACCAACGAGGACACGGCGGAUAGCCACGGCGACGCAAAGGGGAAGACGCUGGACAAGGAACGGGAGCGAGCGCACCAAAAGUCAGAGAGCGGAGGGCCUGCAGAGGUCCGGGCCAAGCAGCAGCAGCAGCAGCAGCCGCAGCAGCAGCCGCAGCAGCAGAAGAAGAGCAAGACGGACCUGAAGCUGCAGGGCCUGAAGGAGCUCAUGCUGGACAAGAAGCCCAAAAAACCCGAGGGGUCCAGCUCCGCGGCUGCGUUCAAGGACAAGCUCAAGGGCCUGACCAGCGGCGCCAAGAGCCACAAGUCGCCCCGAGGCGGUAGCGGCGGCAGCAGCAGCAACAACAAUGAAGACCUGGAGGCCAAGCCCCGGGGGAAAGGGCUGGAGCCUGUCGCGGGCCCCAUUCCUCAGAGAGUGCCCUCUUCAUCCUCGUCUUCAACAUCGUCCUCGGCCUCCAUGGGCGCAGGCCGGGGCAAGGAGGAGGAGGGCAGAGAGGAGGCAGCAGCGGCGGGCGGGGACAAGGACAAGGACCGCAACGCUUCCAAUCUUUUUGAGGAGUUCCUGCUCAACUGCGAGGCCAAGGACCGGGUGCCACGGCGACAGGGACUACACACGGGUGCCGUUGGCCCGGAGAAGGUUGUGGCCAAAUCGGACAAGAAGACCAGGCCCAUGAAGGAGUCCCCCGCCCGGCGGCCGGAUGCUGACAAGGCAGACAAGUCCAAAGAUGCGUCACGUUCCGGACAAAGCCCCAUGACCCCGGAGUCGGAGGCUGCCAUGGAGGCUUUAGACCAGAAGGAGGAGCCUCCGGCAAGGUCAAAGGUCGACGAGCGCAAGGAGCGGGCGGCGACAGAGGAGGAAGAAAGGCGGCGGAAGGACCGGUUGGAGGACAGGCGGACGGCGUCCGAGACGCCGGCAUCCAUUGACGGUGCGGACGAGGCCAGCCGGUGGAGAGAGCGGAGGAGGAAGAGGCAGGACAGCGAGUCACGCCUCGGCAUGGCCUCUGACGACAAUCAGGAAACGCACGAUUCCUUGGAGCGGCCAGAAAAAACGCCUGAUCGGGGUCAGGCCUCUCUGAACCUCGGGGUGGAUAUCAAGCUGGACUGGAUGACACUGGAGGACUUUCAGAAACACUUGAACGGAGAGGAUGAGAUCCUCUCUGCAGAGCCAAUAUCUCCAAUAUCUCCUAGUGAACUGCGUGAGGCAGUGAAGAGUGGAGAUUACAUGGCUGUGAAACUUGCGGUUGCUUCUAAUGUGGACUACAAUCUGGAUCAGGAGGACUCUAGCGGUAUGUCUUUGAUGAUGCUGGCGGCGGCGGGGGGUCAUGAUGACAUCCUGCGGCUGCUCAUCAAGAAGGGCGUGAAGGUGAACGGCCGGCAGAAGAACGGCUCCACCGCGCUGAUGCACGCUGCCGAGAAGAACUUCCUCACCACGGUGGCCAUUCUCCUGGAGGCUGGUUGCCAUGUGAACACACAGACGAUAGGCGGAGAGACAGCGCUGAUGAAGGCGUGUAAGCGUGGCAACGCAGACGUGGUGCGCCUCCUCCUGGAGUAUGGUGCGGACUGCAACAUCCUGUCCAAGCACAAGAACACAGCCAUGCACUUCGCCAAGAUCAGCAACAACCUGGUGGUGUACGACCUCAUCAAGGACCACAUCAACACGUUGUCAACGGUAGCGGAGGAGACAAUCCGGGCGUACUUUGAGGCGCGCUUGGCCUUGCUGGAGCCAGUGUUCCCCCUGGCCUGCCACAGGCUGUGCGAGGGACCAGAUUUCUCUCUGGACUUCAACUACAAACCACCCCCUACACACAACCCUGGAGAAGGAUUAGGCAUCCUGCUCUUCAUCUUCCAUGCCAACUUCCUGAGCGAGAUCACGGCCAGGCUCUGCGGCCCCUGCAGCGUCCACGCCGUUGUCCUCAACGACAAGUUCCAGCUGCCCAUCUUCCUGGACAGUCACUUCAUCUACUCCUUCAGUCCGGUGGUGGGAGCCAACAAACUGUUCAUCAGGCUGGCCGAGGCCCCAACCGCUAAGGUCAAGCUCCUUAUCUCUGCGUACAGAGUCCAGCUGAAGUGACGUGAUCAGUGAACAUCAUCCGGAUCAACAGUCCAGAGGAACGGAAUGAAAUGCUUCAGAACUCAUUCACUUACCCACACAUACCCCCACACACACACACACACACACACACACACACACACACACACACACACUCUCACUCUGAAACAUCCCCCCUCUCCUGCUGACAGAGAUACACAGAAACACACCGAUGCAGACACAGUAACUUGCGUAUGUGGGAACAAACCUGCAGUUGUCCAGUCACUCAAAAAGGAGCGCACUGGUGUCCGCACACGACAUGAACUAAUCUCUGUUUCAGUUGGUUUGCAUCCGGUCCGGGGAGACCUGAAAUCCAGUGGUCCAAACGGCGUAGCCCAACCUUCCCUGAAAGAGGAGCGUCUCUUUUUUGUUUGUUUGUUUUCUUUUUUGGUUGGUUUGUUUGUUUGUUUUUGGCGAGCAGCACAGUGUAAUGUGUGUGUGUGUGUGAGCACCGUCCCAAAUAAUGCAAACACACACACUUUCAAAGAACUGCUACCGACACUCUUCUACACCCCCCCAGGCCAAUACACCCCUCACCCCAGGGGUGUGUGUGUGUGUGUGUGAGAGAGAGGGAGAGAGGGAGCAAGAGAGCAAGAGCCUGUUUUAUAUUUUAUACCUGAAGGUCAUUUGUAAAUCUUGUUUGUUUGUAUAUUUCUGUCCUCAAAAGAAUAAUUUAUCAGCAGAUUUAAGUUGGCCUCCGGCUGGUUUGAUCUCAUCCCAUUUUAUUCUGGGACCUGCCGUGUGUGUGUGUGUGUGUGUGUGUGUGUGUGUGUGUGUGUGUGUGUGUGUGUGUGUGUG